GUCCAGCGCCAUGGCCCGCGAGGAGGUGGCGGUGGCCGGCGAGGAGGGGGCGGCGGGCGAGGGCGGCGGGCUGCUGCUGGAGAUCGUAAGCUCCCCGCUCAACCUGAGCCUGCUGGGCCUCUGCCUCUUCCUGCUCUACCAGAUCCUGCGGGGCGAGCGGCCCGCGGCACCCGCGGGCGAGGCGGACCCGCCGCCGCUGCCCAAGAUGAAGCGCCGCGACUUCACGCUGGAGCAGCUGCGGCCCUUCGACGGCGUGAGCGACCCGCGCAUCCUCAUGGCCGUCAACGGCAAAGUCUUCGACGUGACCCGCGCCAGGAAGUUCUACGGGCCCGAGGGCCCAUAUGGGAUCUUUGCUGGAAGAGAUGCAUCCCGAGGUCUUGCCACUUUCUGCCUGGAUAAGGAGGCACUGAGAGAUAAGUAUGAUGACCUCUCUGACCUCAACGCUACACAGCAAGAGACCUUGAGGGACUGGGAGUCACAAUUCACUUUUAAGUAUCAUCAUGUUGGUAAGCUGCUGAAGGAGGGGGAGGAACCCACUGUGUACUCUGAUGAAGAUGAAAAAGAUGCCCAGGAUGCAAAGAAAGAGUAGAUACUGCAAUGAGGAACAAUCUGUUUUUGAACCAUAAAGGAUCAUUUGCCACAUUCCACUUCUGUUUCACAAUGUGCAGCAGCAGCAAGGCUUACAAAAGGUCCAGAGGUACAGUGAAUGGUUUUUCAAAGAUUUCAAAAUCAGUGUCUUUGAUCUGUCUUCCUUUAAACCCACAUAAUAAGAAGUAUGCAUGACAAAUGUCUGCAAAAGUAAACUGCAAUUUUGGCAAUAAAGGACUAUUUUUCUGCUAUCACCAUUUAGUGCAAAGUAGGUUGAGAUCAAGUUUUUCAUUAUCAACCUAGCACUGUGGACACAAGCACAUGAAUAACUUCACAUACAUAACACAAACACCACUAAAUCUUCUUUUGUGUUAGCUUCUGCAGGAUCUGGCCCCUGGGCUGUAAUUCCUUUAGAAAAGGGACUAUAUUAUGUUUGUCCACAAAGCAUCAUACUCAUUUGUUGUGCAAUAUAAUUCAUUACUAUAUAAGAUAAUUUGGCUUUCAAGGCGUUGCAGAUGAAGACUUACAGAUGAAACACUAACUGCUUUUAAAAAAGAUCAAGAAUUUUUGAAAGGUUAAAUCACUUUUAAAUAGGUAAUGAAGACUGAUGAAUACUUGAUAUAUUCAACAUGUGUAAUUCUGCAUACACUAAAAUCCUCUGUUCACUUUUAAAGCACGUCUAUAGUGUUACAAAAGUUUAGAUAAUGAGCGGAACUAGGCAUCCCUAAAGGUACAGCAUGGAGUGACUUGACUGUUGUUCAUUCUAUUUUCUUAGUAAAAAGUGCUCCCGUGAAUGUUAACGGAAUUAUAUUAAACAUGGAAGUUCAGCCACUCUUGAUUCCUAGACCUAAAAAGCAAGAAGUUGCUGGUAUGGCAUGAUUAGCAAGCGUUCUUGUACAUGCACCUUCACCUAGCAGAAAAACAUUACUUACAUAAAUUACAUACAAAAUAAAACAGCGUAAGCUGUUUCUGGAUUGAGGCCUUUGCUGACUUGGAAUGUUUCCAUUAAAAGAAAUGGUACAAUCUCAUGCAUAACCAGCAAUGCUAUACCUGUGGACCUGACUUUUGAGUUGCUUUUUACUUAUUUGCUCUCUUGGCUUACCUCUAUGCUUAAUUACUAGGUUUUUUUCUAAGUGACCUGCCUUCUACCAAGGAGGGCUGGGUAAAUGGUUAUGACCAAGGAAAAAUGUAAGUGUUCAUCAUACAAAAUACUUCUCUAAAACUUUCUUAUGAAUUCCAAGAUAACUAAUGAUUUGUUGACCACUUGUGAACUUGUCCAGGUGAUUCUGCUAGUGCAGAAUAUCCAGGGUGCCUGUAUAGUGUAGUUCCCUCUAUUUCAUUUCUCUGGCUCGGCUGUCCGGUUGUUUCAAUUUGGCAACAUGACCAAAAUGAUGAACCGAGUCCUGAGUGGGAAGGUGUAAACUAGGCAAAAGUGUUCGGAGGUAGUGUGUUGCACAACAGCAGCUUUCAUAAACAACUUGACCCAACAUAUUAAAGUGCCUGAGACCAUCUGUGGUGAGAACAACUGACUCUUCCUCAGUCCUAACAUUGUCCGGGGAUUUUCUUUUGGUUGCACUGGGCCUUCUGAUGAAGAGUGAGGUUGUUAGAGCCAGAGAGCUUAUGUAAAGUGGUACUGUAUGAGCUACCUAGCGAAGGUCUAGAGACACGUGUAGACCUUGUCAUGACCUUUGUGUUGCUAUUUUAUUUUUAGAGACAUUUAUACUCUUUGCAAACUACUACUAAUGGUUUACCUCAAAUUGGAAAUGUGCUUUUGUUUGUUUAAGGCAGAAAAUAAAAUACUCUUGCAUAA